AUGAGAUUCGAACCUUCGGACCUGGGGUUUGGACAAGGAAUGGCCUACCACCCGUUCCUCCUUCCGCUUGCCCGCCAGCCGGAUUUCACAAUCAACCCGUUAACUCAGCCCCCUUACUUUCCUCUACCUUUUUCUCAUACCUAUUCUCCGUCGCUCUUCCCCAAGUUACCGACUCUGCCACACUUUACUGCCGAAGACAUCCUAGCUCACGGCGGACACCUGAGGCCCAUGCAGCCAUUAGAGUCAGAAGAAGACGGUAUACAGGACGACCCAAAAGUUUUCCUAGAAUCCAAGGAGUUGUGGGAAAAAUUUCAUUUGCUGGGAACUGAGAUGGUUAUAACAAAGUCUGGCAGGAGAAUGUUUCCCGCUUUCAAAGUCCGAGUUUCCGGCUUGGACAAGAAAGCUAAAUACAUCAUGUUGAUGGACAUCGUGGCAGCUGACGACUGCAGGUACAAGUUUCACAACAGCCGCUGGAUGUUGGCCGGCAAGGCUGACCCGGAAAUGCCCAAGCGGAUGUAUAUACACCCAGACUCACCUUGUACAGGAGAACAGUGGAUGCAAAAAGUGGUGUCCUUCCACAAGCUAAAGCUCACCAAUAACAUCUCGGAUAAACAUGGCUUUGUAAGUGAAACGAUCCUGAACUCUAUGCACAAGUACCAACCUAGGUUCCACCUAGUACGGACGAAUGACAUUCUUAAGCUCCCUUACAGCAUGUUCCGUACUUACGUGUUUAAAGAGACUGAUUUUAUCGCCGUCACGGCUUAUCAAAAUGAAAAGAUCACUCAACUUAAGAUUGAUCACAAUCCCUUUGCAAAGGGUUUCCGAGAUAGUGGAGCAGGCAAGAGAGAAAAAAAACGACAAGUGAUGUUACUGAACCAGCAGCAACAACAGCAGUCUCAGUUUCGUCUUGUUGAAAGUACUACACACAGUAAAGGAACUCCCGAGUUUCUUGAAGACUCCAGUGACGAAGAUGAGCGUCUGGAUGUAGGGGGCGCUGCAGAUUUAAAACCACAGGUACCGAAGUUGUCAUCAUCUAUAGUAGGAAACGAAGAUAACAAAGGUGAUAGUCCGAAAGAAGAUGGUGGGAUCACACGACAAUCAUCAACUAGUGAAAGUGAAAAUCAUCAGCAAGAAGGAAGUAGGUGUUCGAGUAUAAUGUCGUCUCCGGGUACGUCGUUGUUCUUUGGCCAUCAUUUUCAGCCAAAAUCAAGCGAUGAAAGGCACCCACUUUUCCAAAACCCUCAAAUAGUCACUCAGUUAGGGCCAAAUAUUACUAUGGAUCCAAGGUUUUCUCGCCCUCACUUCUUACCCUACUUGUAUUCCCCCGCCUUGUAUCCGCAACUAUUCUUUCCACCCAACUCCACCCAAGCCAGCCAACUGUACCCGCUACUAGCCAACAGUUACCAAGGUUUAGCUGAAUUCAACUCCCGCCUCCGUCCGCAUAAUCGAUUUUCCCCUUAUGCUAUCCCCCCCACAAACUCAUCAUCACUCUGUGUUUCCUCACGCCAUGAAACUAGUCCUGCGCAUCAUUCUUCUCCCUUGCAUCUAAAACUUAACAGCACUACAGUUGCGACGACAACGUCACGAAGUUCACCCACUCUGUUACAGGAAGUCUCCACACAUCCUUCUACAAGUGGAAGCAGUACAACCGCUGCUACAUGUGAAAUCAAAAAUAUUGAGAAUAUGCUAAAUGGACUCGAACGACGGCAAGACCAAUUAGCAGUCGAGGCUUUGGCAAACCUACCGGAAAAACGGCAUUGAUAACACUCCCAACCAAGUCUUGGCAAAAACUAAUUAAUAAUUAUAAAUUGAAGGAGAUAUUAUCGUAUACGACUUUCUAUCUGAUGCUUCUGAUACUGAUGUUAUGUAAUUAAAUUCACUUUUUUCUGAGACACCUCUCAUAAAAGUAGAGCUACUCUUUUUGUUUUAUGUUCACAAUAGUUUCAGACGGUGAAUACAUCAAAUAUCUUGUGUGUGUGAUGUAGGAAAAUGCUUAAAUUACCCAAAAUGGCUCAAACCAAAGAUUAGAGAUAGAAAACCAUAUUAUUUUACUGUGAAUUGGGAUUUUAAAAUUGCUUGAUGUACAGCCUGGUUGGUGCUUUAUUAGUCACAUACUAGUUAA